AUGUCAGUGAUCGAUAUUUCAGCAGAUUGGCAGGAUGAAUUCGGUCAGAAUGGUUCCGAGAUAUUGCAAUCACCUCGUGAUGACAGUUCGGUGAAUUUGGAAUCACCGCGAACCGAGGAGCAGUCGCAGUUCGACUCAACUCCUGAUGAGCCUUCUCAACCUCAGAAUAAUGCUGAUCAAGACCAGUUAGUUUUGCUGAAUCAGUUGAAAUUAUAG